UUUUUUUUUUUUUGGACGGCCAUGCUUGCGAAAUGCAGUGAAACCACCAAAAGAAGAGGCAGUUUUUUUUCCUCAUCUUCGUUAACAGACCAGCAAGCACAAAACACACAGCUUCAUCAAUUCGUAUAAUGCAUAGCUAAGACUCUACACAGGUCAUAGCCCGUUUUGGGAGGGAAUCUAAAAUCUGCUCGGUUUUCAUCCCGCCUAUCAAGAAGGGAAAAGAAGAAAAAGUUGCAGCUCCAUCUCUCAUCAAAACACCAAAAAAAACAUCCUUCUCUCACACAUCUCACACACACAUCUCAUCUCACCCUCAUUACUCAUCUCAUAUACAACGUACCCCCGUCAAACUGCAACCCUCUCACACAAAAAAAAAAACAUCAUCCCCGAACCCCCCCCGAACCAAAUAUAAAUAAUUUCACACACAAUACAAUGGAGCAGCCCUCAGCAGAGGCCUACGAGGCCACCCACGUCCACUCCGUCUACAACGCCAUCGCGCCGCACUUCUCCUCCACCCGCCACAAGCCGUGGCCCCUGAUAUCCUCCUUCCUCACGGCGCAGCCCCCCGGCGCCACGGGCCUCGACGUCGGCUGCGGCAACGGCAAGUAUCUCCCCGUCAACCCGACGCUGCACAUCUUCGGCUCCGACCGCAGCGAGAACCUCGUGCAGCUCGCCCGCGCCGAGCGCAACGGCGAGGUCGUCGUCGCCGAUGCCCUGAGCCUGCCCUACCGCGAGUGCUCCGUCGACUUUGUCAUUUGCGUGGCCGUCAUCCACCACUUGUCCACCAGGGAGAGGCGCCAGGAGGCCAUCCAGGCGCUGUUGAGGUGCGUGAGGGCUGGUGGCAAGGUGCUUGUCUACGCGUGGGCGCUGGAGCAGGGCACGAGUCGGAGGGGAUGGGAUGAAGGGUCGGAGCAGGAUACGCUGGUGCCGUGGGUGAUGCGCUCAAAGGGCAAGCCUGACGCUACAUAUCAGCGGUACUAUCACUUGUAUCGAGAGGGGGAGCUGGAAGAGGAUGUCGUGGCUGCGGGGGGCAUCAUCUUGGAGAGCGGCUAUGAAAAGGACAACUGGUGGGUGGUAUGUAGCAGCAAGGAAACAUGAAGCUUGUAUAUGGGAGCAAAAAAACAACACCUAAAAUCACCAAGAGUUGCUAAACGGACAAUAAUUUUCAUAAUGAUAAUCACGAUAGCUAAUUUGAUACAAAGUAAACGCUGCAGAUAUGCUGUAUGCUUGCUAAAUGAGUAGGACAAAAAACAAAACAGUAAGAGUUUUAUGCCCAGUGUAUGCCCAAUGCCAUUCUCCCCCCAAAAGCAGAAAGAAAAGAAGUACAAGAGAGAAAAGAAAAAAACGCCCUUUCGUUUCAUGCCCUUUCAACACAGCUUCUUCACGUAGCGACAUCCUAAAUACUCCAACACGGAUACCUUUAUAAAAAAAAGGUUCUCCCAUCAGCUGCCAUUGGUCCGUUCUCAUGUACCUCUAAAGCCAUAGUAGAAUGCCUGUUCAUGACCCAAAACCACCAGAAAAAGCCCAGAGUC